AUGGGUCGCACCGUACAGAUCACAGUUGCAGUUGCUGCAUCAUUCGAAUUCAUGCUCGCCAUAUCUCUCAUCGCUGUUUUUGCAUCCGCUUACCCUGAUCGAUAUCGUUCGGCGCUAUGGCAUGAAGGUGGAAUCAAAGGUUGGAACUCAGAUCCGAGUUACCGCACAUACCUGUGGGCAAACUACAAAGAUAUGCCACCAAUGCCGUUGAUCUGGGAUGAGAGGUCAACUCAGUACAACCUCUGUGUCGCAAUCAUUACCAUGUUACUCUGGUUUGUGCGGCUAUGUAUUCGGGGGCGCGCUUUAGAUGUCUUCGGCGCCGUUGUCAGCAAUGUGUUGUACGAUAUCAUGCUGGUCGCGCUUUGGUCCUAUAGUGCUGCAGUGCAGUCGUCCGGCGAUUUCACCGAUCCGCAGCACAUAUCGUUACGACCAUGGUACCUUGAUCAUAGGUGCAAUGAAGCGCGGCAAAAGAACUACGUCGGUUGCCAGACUGCCAAAGCUUCGUUUGGUCUUGCGAUAUCUGUAAUUGUAUGGUACGGCGUUCGAUGCGUUGUCACAUGCAUGUACGGCGCCUAUGAAUACGGCCAGAGCUCCGCGGUUGCAGACCACAGAUGUCUAGACGUUGAAAAGAGCGACCUGCUCCUUUGA